GCGAAAUUAAGGUCAAUUUUAGGGGGGCCUGAGGUCUUUGUGAUAGUUUUGCUUCCUAAUAAAUAAACCAAUAGCCAGAUAAUUUUAGAGGACGCCACAAAUGCCGCUUUUCAUGCAAAAACAAAGAUUUGUAUUAACCGUCAGCUAGUUUCAAAUAGUUAAUACGAUGGGCUACAAAUUAAAAGCUCUCGUUGCAGUGUCCUCCGGUGUUGUACUGGGCGUCUGUACUUAUACGGCGUACCAAAUGUGGAAACGUCGCCAAUGCAGCGCUGAUGACGAAGGCUUUGAAGACGUCUCCAAGUUGGAGGAAACGUUGGAAAAGAAAGUUUUGGUUCUUGGUCUGGAACGUUCAGGAAAAUCGACACUCGUCUCUCAAAUUGUUAGAGAAAUUGGACAAAAAAGUGUUCCUCAAAGCGCUGUUUACAAACCUACAGAGGGAUUUAAUGUUACAUCUUUGUCAAAUGGAACUUCUCCUUCAGUGAACAUUUGGGAAAUUGGCGGUAAAGAAAGCGUAAGGAGGUAUUGGGCCAAGUUCUUCCAGGAUACCGACAUUUUAGUGUUUGUUGUUGAUGCAAGCAACAAUUCAAAUUUGUCAGUUGUUGUCAGCGAGAUCAAAUCAUUGUUAGGAGAUGCCAGGCUAGCUUCAGUUCCAAUUUUAGUUUUAGCUAAUAAACAGGAUGUGCCGGGAGCUCUUGGAGCAGAACAGAUCUCAAAUGUGCUCGAUUUGAAAAGCAUUCCAUCUAGAUCACACCAAGUUAAAGUUCUAGAAACUCAAACAAAACCCGGCUCUAUUGAAAUACACCCGACGGUAUUAGAAGUUCGCAAAGUAAUUUUAAAAUUAAGCUCUAAUUUAUAACCAGGUAUUUAAAUGUUAAUUUUUUUUCAACAAUGAUUAAACAAUUAAAUAUAUAUUUCUAUAUAUUUAAAAAAAAAACUAAAAAUAGUUCACACAAUUUGUCAUUUAAUUAUACAAUUUUCAAUUAAAUUUGUUGUAUAGCUUUAAAAAAAUAUAUAUUAUUCAGACUCUGCAAUUGGUCUUGGCAUUAGGUGUUCAUAUUCUUUAAUGCUUUUAAAUGUCACUAUUUUAGCACGUAUUUGUUUCCAUGUCAUCUGAUAUACAUUUUUAGGGUCCUUUGUCAUUGCCUGAAAAGUAUAACAUUGUAUUAAAUUAAAAAAAUAAUAAUUACUUAGUACAGUUUUAUUUAUAAGUACCUACAACUGAAUAAUUAACAAUAAAGUUAAAUUAAUACAUAGAUGUGUUAGCUUAUCACAGCAUUUUAUUAAAAUAAAAUGCCGUGACCGAGAAUAU